AUGGUUAUGCCCUCGCGCCGCCCUUCCGCCCAAACCGCUUCUUCAAGUCACCCCGCUGGAGGCUUCGACGACACCCCGGUUCCCUGCGCCGCCCCGGGCUUUACGCUCAAAUUCACUAUUCAUCGUGCUGCCAACCUUCCAAUCGCUGAUAUCAGCACCCUUUCUGCCGACCCUUUCGUUGUCGCCCGUCUCACUGCAGACUCCCCUCGCCGCCACAAAGAGGACCCUGACCUGGUUUACCGCACCCCAACUGUUACACGGAAUGUUAACCCUGUUUGGAACUGCGAAUGGAUUGUCGCCAACGUCCCCGCCUCCGGGUUCGAGUUGAAAUGCCGUAUCUACGAUGAGGACCCCGUCGAUAGUGAUGACAGACUCGGAACAGUCGACCUCGUCGUGCCGUCCAUACCCGAAGACUGGCCAGGCAUCCACGAAGAGUCUUUCCGGGUGCACAAAGGCAUGGCCAGCAAGAGAGUCUACUUCUUCAGAUCCGUGAGCAUAGUCUGCUGCAGAGGUAAACAUCUGAACCCUUCUCUGUUCCUCAGUGUUCAAUGCCUUGGCAGGACCGCCGCCGAAGAUGGGGAUGCUCGCAUGUACACCGUUGGGCCCAACUUCUGGAGUAAACACUUCUCACCCUUAAUCGGGCUUCUGGCUGGUACCGUUGACGCUGAACCAUCCCAAGACGGCAAAAAGACCACAACCAGAUAUAAUUUUCAAGCUAUUCAAAUUCAGUUGAAAGGCCCAGUACCGGCCUCCCUCUACCAUCGAUAUGUCGAAUUCAAGCCUUUCGUAGAAGGCAUGUUUACUUCGCAGAGCCUUCGUGGCCGCAUUCUCAACCGUGCUCUUCAUCACCAACAUGUCCGGAUCUACAACUUUGAUCGAUCUACAGUCUAUGGGGUAUUCCCUGCCCCCUCACCUCAACUCACUCAUCAGUUCCUCGAAUUCGUCCACUACGACCAGGGCGGCAGGAUAUUCACCUAUGUGAUUACCCUGGACGGCCAAUGGCGGUUUACGGAGACGGGGAAGGAAUUCGGCAUCGACAUGCUAAGCAAACACACAAUGCACAGCGACGUUUCAAUCUACAUUGCGUACUCUGGUGAAUUCUUUGUUAAACGUCGUUUGUCCCAUUCCCGGAAACACAGAAGUCGGUCCCCGCGUCCCAGCUCAGAGUUAGCAGAUGACUCUAUUUGUCGAGCUACAUCGCCAGCCGCUGCUAGUGAUGCUGCCGUGCCAGUAUCGUAUGACCCCGCUGUAUACGAACUCAUUAUUGAUAACGACAGCGGCACGUAUCGCCCCAAUGCCCAAUUGCUUCCGGAACUUAAAAAGUUCUUAUUUAUGAACCUGCCCGGACUGCAGGUGACAACCCUCGACUGCCAGGCGGAUUCGGAACAAUUGGAGAAACUCAAAUCUGAACAGCGAGCCCGCAAGACUCGAGGUCGCCGAGAAAUCACCUAUAUACAGCAUGCUGCCUCGUUCUCCUCGAUAUCCUCGGAAGACCUGGGUGAAUAUUACAGGCAGUCGUCGGGUGCACCAGCUGUGCCGAGCACGGGACUUAAACCACUGAAGCGUUUGUCCAAGCCCAAAACGCAGCUAAUGAAAUGGGCAAAGCAAACAACAUUAAACGAGAUGGCAAUGACGUGGGUUAGGUGA